AUGUCGUUGAAAGUCCCGAAAUCCAACAAUCUCCCAAUUUUCAAAGAUGGUUACAAGCACCUUCAAGGGUUGGAUGAAGCAGUUUUGCGGAAUAUCCAAGCAGUCAACGAGCUUUCAGAUCUCGUCAGAACGAGCUUUGGUCCCAAUGGCUUACUGAUAAAUCAUUUGGGACGCCUUUUCGUGACCUCAGAUGCCGCAACGAUAAUCCGCGAGAUCGAGGUCGUUCAUCCGGCAGCAAAACUCGUGGUGAUGGCGUCUCAAGCGCAGGAGGCAGAAAUGGGUGACGCAACGAACCUGGUGCUCAUCCUGGCAGGGGACCUGCUCAAGAAGGCCGAGAACCUCCUUAUAAUGGGCCUCCAUCCAAGCGAAGUUAUCAUUGGAUAUGACUUGGCAUCAAUAAAAGCACAAUCAGAACUCGAAAAACUCGCGUCGUUCAAGCUGCCUUCACCUAUGACCCAAUCGACACUAGCGUCAGCUCUCAAACCGGCCAUAGCGUCAAAACAGUAUGGUUACGAGGACACGCUCGCGUCGUUAGUGGCUGAAGCUGCCCUAGCGAUCAUGCCCGCAAACGCGAAGAACUUUAAUGUCGACAAUAUUCGCGUGGUGAAAAUUAUGGGCGGCAGCCUCUCUGGGAGCAGAGUGGUGCAAGGCAUGGUAUUUGGACGGGAGCCAGAGGGAAUGGUGAAAAAAGUUACUCGAGGAAAGGUGGCCGUAUUCACAGGUGCUCUUGACGUUGCGCAAACGGAAACCAAGGGCACGGUGUUGAUUAAAAACGCGGAGGAGAUGCUCAAUUUUACAACAGGAGAAGAAAAGCAUAUGGAGAAGAUUGUCAAAGAAAUUGCAGACUCGGGGAUCAAGGUCAUUAUCGCAGGAUCAAGUGUCGGAGAACUUGCUCUGCACUACCUCAACCGAUUCGACAUCGCGGUGCUCAAAGUCCUCUCCAAGUUUGAGCUGCGGCGAUUGUGUCGCGUGGUCAAUGCCACCCCCCUUGCUCGUCUUGGUGCACCUACGCCCGAGGAGGCAGGCUUUGUCGACAUUUUUGAGACAAUUGAGGUGGGCGGUGACAGGGUAACAGUCCUGCGGCAAUUAGUAUUGGGAGACGACGGCUUCGACCCAACAACUGAGGGCGAGAAGACACGCACUGCAACGAUCGUACUGCGUGGAGCUACCUCCAAUCAUUUGGACGAUCUUGAGCGGGCGAUUGACGAUGGAGUGAACGUGAUCAAAAGCCUCAUCAAAGACCCCCGGUUGGUACCUGGAGCGGGAUCGUCGGAGCUAGAACUAGCCAAACGGGUGGAUUUGUAUGGGAGCGGGCUCAAGGGUCUUUCGCAACAUGCCGUGAAGAAGUUCGCCAGUGCACUUGAAGUUGUGCCAAGGACGUUAGCGGAGAACGCAUUAGGUGGGGCGGAGGGCAACGAGGUCCUCAGCCGUCUAUGGGCGAAGCACGAGCAGAAGGGCGGAGAAUCUUGGGGUGUGGAUGUUGAGGUCAGUACUGAUGGCACCCUACAAGCUGAUCAACACAAGAUUUACGACUCACUGGCUGCUAAGACAUGGGCUAUUCGGCUAGCCACUGAGGCUGCCGUUUCGGUCCUCAGCGUUGAUAGCAUAAUCAUGAGCAAGCCGGCAGGUGGCCCCAAAGUCCCUCAACAGGCAGGGAAUUGGGAUGCGGACGACUGA